GUCGCCGUAAACCGCUCCGCACCCGCGAGGACACACUCGCGUUCGCGCGCGAAUUCUUCUCGUCGCGCCCGCCCUACGCGUAAUAGGUACAACUGCAAUACUACGCGAUUAUUAUAAAUUUUUGUUUUCCCGCUAACGACGGCCGUUGUGAAACGUCAUAAUUUAUUAUAAAGCCGUCGAAACCUUCGUGCAACCGGUCUACUUUAAUAUAUAAUAUUAUUAUAUUGUACAUAAAUCGCGAUCGCUGCGAUCCGUUUUUAUACGCGUCACACAUAGUGCGAAUUUCGUUUGAUCGAACGACGGUGACGACGCGACGGACGAAAAGUGAAUAAUAUUAUAAUAAUAUCAUUUGCGGCAGCGGCAGCGGCGUCGGAGACGUCGGCGUGAACUUCCGAUCUCACAACAAUUGGCCACUGAAAUUAUUCAGAUCUAGCUGGUGAUUUUGACACACAAAAAUUAGCGUACGAGAAGUGGCAUCGGGGUUCGGUCGGAUGCGCGACGAUUUUGAUCUUCAGCUGGUGCGGCAGCAGCAGCAGCAACAGCACCAACAGUUGCAACAGGAAGACGUGGUCGUCGCUGACGACGACGAUCAGCGGCGGAGGAGCAGACGGCGGAUGCACCAACACCAGCAACACCACCAUCAAAACCACGACGACGACGACGACGACGGUGACGACGACGACGACGACGACGACGAAGACGAAGACGACGAAGACGACGGAGAAGACGCUACUGACGACGGUGAAGGCGGCGGCGGCGGCAGCAGCGGUGUCGGUGUCGGCGGUGACGAUCGCGACGGUAACCGCGGUCAAGGGCGGCGUGGCCGUGGUCAGCGGAACACCGACGACAGUGGACCGGACGCUAAUCGGCUGUUGAACGAUACGGACGAGACGGACGACGAAGCCGACGUGGUCGGCGGUGGCGUUGGUGCGAGUACGAGCGGCGACGCGACUGCCAACGUGACGGCCGACAGCACCGGCGACGGUGGCGUCGGCGGGGACGUGGACGUGAACGACGACGACGACGAGGACAUGAUGAUGAUGAUAGAUUCGAGUAGACAGCCGGUGGCCAUUGGUGGCGGUGAGUCUUCUUCGCCUCCGCCACCAACGUCGGCCACGCUUGGGUCUACCAAAGUCGACCCGGCCACGACAUCCUCCUCAUCAUCUUCGACGCCUCCGCUGCCACCUGCGCCGACGACCACUUCGACGGUGCCGAUGCCGUCCAUCACCACCAGCACCACGAGUACCACCGCCGAGGGCCAACAGGACGAUUACGAUAUGACGACAACGGUUUCCGGUGUCGGCUACAGUGGCAUUGGCGACGGUUAUCCCUCUUCCGUGACGUCAGUGGGUCUCACCGACAUGAUAGGCGGCGUCGGCAAUCACCUCCAUCCACACCACCAUCACCACUUGCUCCUUUUACAUCACCAGCAGCAGCAACAGCAACAGCAACAGCAGCAGCAACAACAACAGCAACAGCAGCAACACCACCAGCACUCGCACCCGUCGCAGCACCAGACCGGUGGAACAUCGGCCACCGGUUAUUACGGCGCUGACGCGGUAGGCAGUCAACAUCACCAUCCGUCAGUGGCGGCGGCGGCGCUGUCACUACCACCACCACCGCUACUGCUUCACGAACAACAGCAGCAGCAAAUCGGUGGAGACUUGCAGUUGCAACUCCAGCUGCAUCACCAGCACCAGCACCAACAGCAACAGCACCAGCACCAGCAGCACCCACAACUGAUGCAGCAGCACCAACAUCAGCAGCACCAGCAGCAACAGCAGCAGCACGAAGACUUAUCCCGACAUCACCACCACCACCAUCAUCCGCUGCAGCUGCAGCAACAGCAUCUCGUCGAUCACCAGCACCACCAUCACGAACUCACCAGCGCCACGGCACACCACCAUCUGCAGCAGCAACAGCACCAGCAGCAGCACCAGCAGUUCACGGCCACGCACCCACACCACCCGCAGUACCUACAGCAGCAACAACAGCGACAACAGUUCUCGCCGGCCACGGCUGCCGCCACCGCAGCUGCCGCCCUCGCUCAUCCGCACUAUCACCCGCAGCAACACCACCACCUGCAACACCAGCAACAUGGCGUCAGUGACGGUGCUGGUGCUGGUGACGACGAUGACGACGAUGUAGUAACCACAGCUGCAGCCGAUAACGGUGGAUAUCCGUCGUCGUCGUCGUCCAGGGAUGCUGCGGCCACGGCUGCCGCUUACGCUGCGGCGGCGGCGCUGUACGGUGCUGGAGCCAGUGGCCAGGGACACCACGGCGUCCACCACCACGGUGGCCAUCACCAGCAGCCACAACAGCAGCACAUGUUACUGCCACCGGUCGUGCCGACCGCGUCUCACCAGCAACACGGUUUACAGCAACAGCACCACCAUCAGAUGAUGGUGAUCGGCGGCGGCGGCGUUCCUUCGUUAACAGCUCCACCGGCGUCCGAUAGUCCUCCUACACCCGCCUUGAUGCAACUGAGAGCGGCGGCGGCCGCAGCUGCCGCCGUAGUGGUAGAUCCUACCGCGGGAGCGGUGUUGUCUUCGCCAUCCGCUGUCAAGUCCAGGCGGACGGCAUCAUCGGUGGCCAUAAACGACGCCGUCAGUGGUGGCGGGGGUGGUGGAACAACCGGCCGUUGCGGCGGUGGUCGGGGCAGGGGUCGGAGAGCGGCUGCGGCCACAGCGGCUGGCGGCCUUUCAGCUGCAGCGGCAUUACAGGAACAGCAACAGCAGCAGCCGUUAAUAUUGCACCCACACCACACGCACCCACAUCACCACCCACACAUGCAACAGCAGCAAUUCGGAACCGGUGGUCCUCCAGUCGGGUCGGUGUCUGCGACGGCGGCGGCAGUGGCUGUGGUGACCACGGAACAGCAGCAGAGCCCGCCGCUGGACAGGGUGUUCGUAUGGGACCUAGACGAGACCAUCAUCGUGUUCAACUCGUUGUUAACGGGUGGAUACGCGGUGGCUCAUGGCAAGGACCAGCGAGUCAUGCAGCAACUUGGGUACCGCAUGGAGGAGAUGAUAUUCACGUUGGCCGACCAGAAUUUCUUUUUCAACGAAAUUGAGGAGUGUGGCGGCGGCGACCAGGCGCAGCACAUCGACGACGCCGCGUCCGACGACAACGGCCAGGACCUGUCUGGCUACGACUUUGGCGCCGAUGGGUUUUCCGCGUCCACGGCCUCCACCCAACACCACCAGCACCACUUCAUCAAUCAGCACCACUUCAACAGCACCGGCGCCAAUACGGGCAACAACCACCAGCAGCACCUGCAGUACCACCAGCAGCAGCAGCACCCGCAGCAGCAGCAGCACCACCACCAGCACCAGCAGUACCAGCAGCAGCCGUACCAGCACCAGCAGCCGCAGCAACACCACCACCUGAUGAGUGCCGGCGGCGGGGGAGCGUCCGUCGCCAAUCCGUCGUCCGCGGGUGGUCUGAGGGGUGGUGGUGGCGGCCUGAGGGGCGGGGCCGGUGGUGGAGGUUCCAGCGGCGGUGGUGGCGUAGACUGGAUGCGGAAGUUGGCGUUCCGGUACCGGCGGGUCAAAGAGUUGUACAACCAGUACCGGAACUCGGUCGGAGGACUGCUGGGACCCGGCAAACGGGACGCUUGGCUUCAACUUCGGAGCGACAUCGAAUUGCACACCGACGACUGGCUCACGAUGGCUGUCAAGUGUUUGAACGUCAUCAAUUCGAGGCCAAACUGCGUCAACGUGCUGGUCACCACAACGCACCUGAUACCGGCGCUGGCCAAGCUGCUCCUGUACGGUCUUGGGCCACACUUUGCAGUAGAAAACGUGUACUCGGCUUCCGGUGGCGGUGGAGGUCCGUCGACGGGCGGCGGCAAGUCCGGUGGUGGAGGUGGAACUGCGGGGUCCGCAGCAUCGGUCGGAUCGUCGAAGGAAUCAUGUUUCGACCGGGUGGUUCAAAGAUACGGUAGAAAGUGCACAUACGUGGUGAUCGGUGACGGAGCCGAAGAGGAACGGGCCGCCCGACAGAUGAACUUUCCGUUUUGGCGGGUGUCUGGCCACAGCGACCUUCGGGCCCUGUACAACGCUCUCGACAUGGGAUUCCUCUAAGCCGACCAGCUCGAAUCAGCUACAUCAGCAAUUGCGAAAUCGGCUGCAUCAGCAGUGGCACCAGUAGCAGCAUCAGCAGUGGCCUCAGUGGCAGUUUCAUUGUCAGUGAUACAGUAGUCACAGUCGUCGACUUGUAUAAUACCAUUGAAUAUAUUAUUAUUAAUUUAUACUCAAUGAUAAUAUUAUGAUAAACUAUGUGUGAUUAAACACAGUGACGACUUUAUAAUAGACAUAAUUUUUAUAUAUUAUAGUAGUGAAGUAGUAUAUUGAAUAAUAUUGUCGCGUGUACAUAAUAAUAUAAGCCACAAAAGUAUCUUGACAACGACAGCGUCGUGUACAUAAUAUUAUAUUAGACGCGCCGUCGUAAAUAAUUAUAUUAUGUUUUAAUGUUUUGUAUAUAAUUACGUUUUAUUAUUAUAUGUAUCUUAAAUUUUUUUCCGGUGUGCUCGUGAGUUUGUAUAUUUUGUCCUCAACGUGUAAUAUUAUAUUAAUUAUACACACACAUAUAUAUAAUUACACUGUAUUGCUUAAAAUGUAUUGUAUUGCCUCAUAGUUUUAUUUCUCGCGAAAUCGUCUCCACUCUCUUUUCCCAAACGCAGACGAUUAUAAUAAUAUUAUAACAUACAAACUUUGUGUAAAUAUAAAACUUGUAUUCGUUGUCCCGUAUAUAUAAAAUAUAGACUCAUAGCCGCAAAUAGUGGCCCCUGUUACCCCUUCUCAGGUACUCCACUUAGGGCUGGGGGACUAAAAUCCCCAAAACCGUUGUAUUGCACCUCCUAAAAACCUGAAGAUUUUACGACACAAUGGAAUAUUAUGUGAAAAAAUCUUCGUCUCUACAUCAAAAUCUUCUGCACCCUCAAAUCUCAAACACUAUUUGCGCCUAUGUAUAUAGUACCUAUAUAAAUAGUAUAAUAUUGUACAUUAUGUAUUUUUUUUUUCAUAUUUUAUUCAUGGCUCAUGCUAUGUUUAUGUUGUAUAUAAUAUAUUAUUGUACUGACCGUCGUACACUUUUUAAAUAUCGCACCAUUGUAGAUAUUUGUACCAAUCAUAAUAUUGUGAUAAUGGAAUACUGACAGUAUUUCAGGUAACACUAAAUUUCUCAACUGGAUUACGUUGGAUUGAAUUUCGGACUAAGUAAAGCUUACCUAAAUAAGCUAUAGAAUACCAUAGGAACAUGUUAACUGUUAAACUCUCUCGGAAGUUCACGCCCUAUAAGACCAGUAUUUGUUUUAAUAACAACACAUAUUUUUUGAUACAUCUUAAGAUUGAAUUAUUAUUAUUGUUUUUUAAUAACAAACUAAAGUACUUGAAAUAAAAUAUUUUAUACUCUAAGUAAAAUAAUAUUUAACACUGUGGUGUUAUAGACAUACAUACGUGUAAUAUCAUUUUAAAAAUCAACAGUUAUAUAGCUAUUUCCAUUACCUAAUGUGAUAAUUUGAGAAGUUAUUAACUGUUAUAAUACCAAUCGCUAUAACUUGACGAAUCUGCUAAAAUAUAAUGGCUAAAAAUAUAUUAUAUAGGCAUAUAAAAAAAUACGAUUUUACUCCAGCACAGUAGUGUAUACCGGAUAAAACGAAUUCAGUAGAUAGUGAAAGGGUUAUAUCUUAAAAAAAAAAAAGUUUUAGCUUAAAAUAUUAAAAGAACGUCGUACCCGCAUGUGUUGUUUCCGUCUUACGUACGACCUGUUAUAAAAUUUAAACGUUAGAUUAUUAUUAAGAGGAUGUCAGCGCACUAUUUGUUUUCUCUCUUUGACCUAUGCGCAACAUCGACAAAACGCAUUUGCGCAGAAUCAUUUUUUCUAUGUUUUCAAGUAAUCUUAGAGUAAAAUCAUCCAUUACUAAAAAGAUAGAGAAUAAUAUUUUAGAGGGAAUGACAUAUCGAUUUUAUAUUUUAUUGUUAUUUGACUUUGUAUUCGAAUUUCACAAUAAACAAAAAAAUGUUGUAAAUUUAAAUGAUGUUUAAAUUGUUUUGAAACAAUAUUUAGAGUAAUCGAUAUGUCAUUCCCUCAAAAAUAUUAUGCUCUAUCUUUUUUAUAAUGGGUGAUUUACUCUAAGAUUACUUAAAAACAUAGAAAAACGAUUCUGUGCAAAUGCGUUUUGUCUAUGUUGCACGUGGGCAGGAGAGACAAAACAAAUAAUACGCUAACAUCUUCUUAAAUAAAUCCAAAUGAUCGGACUUAAACAUUUUAAUACAUCGAGAAAAAACAUAUUUAUGUUUAAAUUUGAAAUGGCCCUCAUAUUCGGCGAUUUUUUUUUGAUUGUAGACCGAUAUUUUAGCCAAUAUGACUAAAAAAACAGGCUCAACCCAAAUAUAGUAAAAAAAAAGGGGGUAAUAUAAAAAUAAAAUAAAAAAAAAUACUAGUUAUACCGUGCAUGCGCGGACUUAUAAAAUUAUAAUAAUGACGAGUAAUUCAGUAUGUAAGUACCCCUUAUUUUGUCAGAAAAAAAAUCCCUAUGCAAUCCAAGUAUCCAACGUAAUCUUGAAAUAAAGUGUUAGAUGAAAAUAUUGCUCUAUACUAUCUUUACUGGCUGCAGUAAGGUUAUUUCUACUUAACUCGUAAUAAUGAUAAUCCUGAGUGUAGUCGGUUGACGUAUGCAAAGGUUGAGUGGGUUGCUUUAAUGGUUCCAUUAGUAUACCUAUAAGUUUCGUUUAAUUUUUAUCAAGCAAUAUGCUACUAUUUAAUAUUGUUAAAAAAUAAAAAAAGGUUGUUAUUCAAUAUUAUGCUUUAUGCCUUUAUUUACCGAGAAUAUAAGAUGCGGCUUAGUAUAAUGGGCGGUGGUAAACACUCCCCAUUGUAUUAUUUUUUUUUAUUAUUUACUAUAAUUUAUGUAAACGACUUUUUUAAAAUUAAAUUAAAAUGUAUAUUGAAGUUUAAGAAUGUGUAUGUUCAUGUUAUUAUAAACAUUAAAUAAUAAUGAUACAUUUAUUAUAAUGAGCUGUAGUCUUAUUUGAACCAAAAUUGACCCAUAAUAUAUACAACAUAUAUAAUUUGUACCAAUAUUUUUGAAAAGCGUUUGUAAUUUGCACCAAAAUAAAGA